CGAACGGACGUUCGUUAAACAAGAAACCGGUAAAAUCGAACAUAUAGGGGCAGGCGCGUGCGUGCGUGCCUAGCAGAAUAAGUAAACCUUUUUGUUUAACUACCAAGAUCGAAUUUCGCCAUCGGGUAAAUUACUCAAAAUAAGUGCAAGUCGUCAACUCUGUGCUUUGCUGGCCUUUUAUCGCAGACAAGAACUGAUAAAACGAGAAAAAUAUCUCGCAAAACUCGUUCUCGCCGGUUCUCUUGUGCAAAUUGCCGAUCGCGGAAAAUAAAAACAAGCGGCACCGCGAAGAAAAUCCGUCCGUCUAGACAAAGAAUAUAUAGUUUCUCUAAAAAGGGCAUCGUCAGCAGCCCGAGAGGGUAAUCUCCGUAGAUGUCGCAGCUUAUCUAAAGCUGUCUCUGAGGCUGUCCCGAGUGCCGCCGGUUUACAUAGUGUAUAUAUAUAGUGAGUGGAUCGUACAUAUAUAGUGUACAUAGUGCGACAAAGCUCGAGUGGGAACAGCUGUCGAGUGCCCUUGAGUGGGUGGGCAAGGCGAGAUCGUCGUCAUCAUCGUCAGCAGCAUCGUAAGCAUCUGGAGGCCCCGGUCGGUCUAAAAUCCGCAGUGCUCACCAAUUAUGACAGCCGAGACCCUCAAGCCGUUUAUAACCCCCACGAGUGCCGACGAUGGUUUUCCGGCCAAAGCGACCACCACGGCGACCGCCCAGCGCCGCACCCGCCAGCUGAUCCCCUUCAUCUUGGGGGUCAUCGGUCUGGGCCUGGUCGUCGCCAUUCUGGCUUUAACGAUCUGGCAGACUUCGCGGGUCACGCAUCUGGAAACGGAAAUUAAGAGUCUGAGGCGGGUCGUCGAUAAUCUCCAGCAGCGAUUGGGCAUCCAUUAUCUGGAUGAAAUGGAUGAGUUCGAAAAGCAGUACGAGAAUGCACUCAUCGACUUUCCCAAAAAGUUGGAAGACCCCCUAGACGACGAGGACAGCGACGACGUCGACGGCCAAGAUGUGGAUCCCAUUGAGGACGAGGAGGAGGACGACGAGGUCUACAGCUCUCAGGACGAUGACGAUGGCAUGGACUACGAGGACUACAGCGAUAUGAUAAACAAGCUGCAGCAGGCACACACUGAGCAGACCACGCCCACAUCCGAAACCACCGAAGAGGGCGAGGGCGAAACGGACAGCGCCUCCUCCGCCUCCAAUGACGACAAUGUGUUCGACGACUUCACCAGCUACAAUGCCCGCCGCAAGAAGCAGGAGAGAAAAUCUCGUUCGAUUGCCGAUGUGCGCAACGAGCAGCAGAACAUUCAGGAAAACCGCACGGAGCUGCAGGAAAAGCCAGCCAAUGAGCCAGCUUCCAAGGAAAGCUCCACCCCACUUCACCAUCGUCGCAGAAUACACUCCCGUCAAAGUCGACUUCUAUUCCGCAAAGGUGAAUCUCUUAUUUCAGCCAGAUCCAAGGACUCGAUGCCAGCCGCCCACUUUCACCUGAGCAGCAGAAGGCGUCACCAAGGAAGUUCGGGCUAUCAUGGUGACAUGUACAUAGGAAACGACAACGAGAAGAACUUCUAUGAGGGGCACUUUCAAGUGCACAACGGCGUGUUGACGGUGACCAAUCCGGGCCUAUAUUACGUAUACGCCCAGAUAUGCUACAACAACUCGCACGACCAGAACGGGUUCAUCGUCUUUCAGGGCGACUCGCCCUUCCUGCAGUGCCUGAACACGGUGCCCACCAACAUGCCCAACAAGGUGCACACCUGCCACACCAGUGGGCUGAUCUACCUGGAGCGGAACGAGCGGAUCCACCUGAAGGACAUCCACAACGAUCGCAACGCCGUCCUGCGGGAGGCGAACAACCGCAGCUACUUUGGCAUCUUCAAGGUGUGAAAACGAUCGAGAGAGAGAGAGAGAGAGAGAUUAUCCCUGGUCAGAGGAAGCCAGCUCAAGCUGCUCAAACUGCUCGUGAAUGUGGUUAAUCGUCAGCGUUGAUCCAUUAGUUCGUAGUCCCUAGUCUUAGUCACUCAUAACCUAAUCUCAAUCCGAAUCACGCAUACUGCAUACUGCAAACCACACGAAAAUCGUAUUUAUUUUGUAUAUACUCUUUGACCUUAACUGAACGAUAAAAAAGUGAAUAAAAUCUAGUUCAACUUA